CAAACACCAAAGAAGAAGAAGAAGAAGAAGAAGAAGAAGAAAAAAUAAACACCGUCGGUUGAGAUUGACGUCAUCAGCCGGUGACAGAGCUGAGGACUGAAGCAGAGGAUUUGAAGCGGAUUUGUUGGAUUAGCAGCUAGCUGUUAGCUGCUACUACUUACACUUCAUGUGAAACAGUUUAUAUCGUUUAUGUGGAAGACACGUCACACUGCUCGAGAUCAAACAACCAAUAAAAACGUCAGGAUUCGCCGAGAGGACACGCAGCACACCGGUUUCCUUGACAACGGCGAGCGAGCGUCGUUACCGUCAUUGAUCAGCUGCUGAUGACAGAGUACCAAUACUCUUCAGAGUAAUACUUCUACUACACUACCGUCAUCCGUAACCAAGUACUGUACUCAAGUACAGACUCGAGGUACUUGUACUUUAAUUGAGUACCUUUUAUUCUCCCUCUCUAAUUCUCAGAGGUCUCCCCUGUACCAGGACUCUCCUGAACCAGGUCUCUCCUGAACCAGGUCUCUCCUGUACCAGGACUCUCCUGCUGCCGUCAUGUCAUCGGUGGACUCGGGCGGUGACGGUGGGAGGUGGCUGGACGCUCACUACGACCCGGUAGCCGGUCUGUACACCUUCUCGUCCUGCGUGGACGUGGCGGACCUGAGUGGUGACGGUGAGAGCCGGCUGGUGGUGGGGGACCUGGGCUCCGGCUCGUCGGGCAUGAAGCUCAAGGUGUACCGCGGCACAGCGCUGAUGAGCGAGAGCACCCUGCUGGACCUGCCCGCCGGCCUCGUCGCCUUCUUCAUGGACCUGCACGAACCACGCAUACCCGCGGUUGCUGUGGCGUCCGGACCCUGCAUCUACGUCUACAAGAACCUGAGACCAUACUUCAAGUUCACACUGCCGGGCCUGGAGGUCAACUCACUGGAGCAGGACGUGUGGCAGCAGGCAAGGGAGGGCGGGAUCGACCCCGUGACGUUGAGGGAGAUGUUGGAGAGCAUCAGGAAGAAGGCCAACGUCCCGCUGUCUGUCCGCUCGCUCCGGUUCCUGUCCCUGGAGACCGGAGACAUGGACGAGUUCGUCCAGCUGCACAAGCAGCAGCCAAUCAGACGGCAGACCGUCAUCACCUGCAUCGGGACCCUGAAGAAGAGCACUGCGGACGAGGACGGCGUCAGCUGUCUGGUGAUUGGUACGGAGAGCAGCGACGUCUUCGUCCUCGACCCCGAGGCCUUCAUCAUCCUCUCCAAGAUGUCACUGCCGGCCGCUCCCACCAUGAUGGACGUGACGGGGCAGUUCGACGUGGAGUUUCGCAUCACGGUGGCGUGUCGCAACGGAAACAUCUACAUUCUGCGCAGGGACUCUGAUAAACCGAAGUACAGCAUCGAGCUGUCGUGUCACCCGGUGGGUCUGGUGAGGGUCGGGAAGAACGUGGUGGUCGGCUGCACCGACGAGAGCCUGCAGGGCUUCACACAGAAGGGUAAGAAGCUGUGGAGGGCCGUCCUCCCGGCUCCCAUCACCACCAUGGCUGCCAUGGACCUCCUCACCAGGGGCUUCCAGGCGGUUCUGGUGGGCUUGGCCAACUGUGAGGUCCACCUCUACCGGGACAAGAACCUGCUGAGCACCAUCAAGACGCCCGACGUGGUCACCAGCAUCUGCUUCGGCCGGUAUGGACGCGAGGACGGGACCCUCAUCGUGACCACCAAGGGCGGGGGUCUGAUGGUGAAGAUCCUGAAGAGGACCGCGGCCUUUGACGACCGGGACGGAACUGCUGGGCCGCCGCCGGCCCAGAGCGUCCGCCUCAACGUGCCCAAGAAGACCAAGCUGUACGUGGACCAGACGCUGAGGGAGCGUGAGAGCGGCCUGGCGAUGCACCGCGCCUUCCAGAUGGACCUGAGCCGCCUGCGCCUGUCCGCUGCCAAGUCCUACGUCAAGGCCCUGGAGUCCAGCCUGACGCCAAUGUCCUCCAGCCUCACAGAGCCGCUCAAGAUGAACGCCGUGGUUCAGGGUCUGGGCCCGGCCUUCAAAUUGACCCUGAACGUCCAGAACACGGCGGCGUGUCGGCCCGUCAUGAACCUGGCCGUCAGCUUCCUGUACGACGAGAGCCUGUACCGGAUGAGGAACCCGUACAUGAGGAUCCCUCUGCUGGUGCCCGGACUCGUCUACCCAGUCGAGACCUUCGUGGAGUGCACCAGCGACAAGGGCAUCUCUGACAUCAUCAAGGUGUUCGUCCUGCAUGAGGGGCGGAGCUCCCCACUGCUGACCGCACACAUCAACAUGCCCAUCAGCGAAGGACUGACACUCAACUGACAACGCUUCCACUUCAUUCAGUAAUGACUCCAAACAUCAUGGGACUGAUCU